AUGGCUACAGCGACACUGCAGUCAUUCAACGUGUUCCUGACGGAGAGACUGACCGCAGCCGCCGUGGACAUCUACGGCUUCGUGGAGCGGACGGUGGUGGAGUACCAGGAGGAGGUGAACCGAGCCCAGCAGGAGAACCAGCGGCUGCAGAGGCUGCUGGACCUGGUCUACAAACCGCAGAUCAGGCUGCACAGGGCAGAUGUCAAACAGUCGCCCACACCGACCUCCACGGAGGACGUUACCCCUAAACAGCAGGACUGGAGCCCGAGUGGGUGCCAGGACGAGCCGGGACCGUCCACAGUGAAAGAGGAGCAGAGGGAGGAGCUGUGGAUCAACGGGAGCGAGGAGCAGCUGUCGGCGGAGGACAGCGACGACGACGGCGACGCCUUGACCAAGGAGCUCAUCAAGACGGUGCAGCAGCUGGAGGACUGCAGAGCCGCGGAGGAGAGCCGAGAGUCAAAGCAGACGGCCGUGGAUGAUCCGAUGCUCUCCGAGGAGAAGACCAGCACCACCUUGUACCGCUGCCAUAUAUGCAACUACAUAUUCACCAAGAAGACGGUGCUGACGUGGCACCUCAAGACGCAUGAAGGCAAGUCUCAGGACGCCAAGGGCAACUUCGACUGUCACAUCUGCGGCAAACACAUCCCCUGUCAGAGCAACCUGCAGAACCACAUGAGAGUUCACACGGGAGAGAGACCGUACAGCUGCCAUUUCUGCGGCAAGUGUUUCAAGCUGAAAGGACACAUGACAGAACACAUCCGGACUCACACGGGAGAGAAGCCGUUCAGCUGCCACAUCUGUGACAAAUCCUUCAACAGGGGCUCCACGCUGAGGAAACACGUUUUAGCCAAACACAAAGAGGAGAGGCCGUAUAAAUGUGGUAACUGUGACGAGCUGUUUACUGAACGGCUGCUGAUGAAGAGGCACAUGAGGAAAGUUCACGGCGUCAAACUGCCCACGAGUCAGAGUCCGGCCUGAGAGAACUUCAGAGAAGAUGAUGCAUGAUGCACUGGGUGGGAACUCUUUGGGGUUUAGUAUGUUUUUAUUUAAAUAAAAGUCCUUCCUACAUGAGGUAGACCUGCCACAUAUUGCCUAGAAGCACACAAUCAUACAAGAACUGUGGCUAAAUCAAAUCUAGUAGAAUUAUGACAGUUAUCCUUUAACUGUUUGACAGUCUGGGGAAUAUGCUUCAUUGUGAGAUAUAUAAAAAGAUCCUCACAUGUCUCUGCAUUAAGAGGAAAACUGGGACCAGGAGGACAUUAGGUUCGUUUAGCUUCAUUCAAAAAUACACUUCUUACAACACAAUUAUGGGCUUUUAGCAAAUUCUGUUUUCAGCAGCCAGCGGCAGUGACUUCCAGCAGUGAUGUGAGUUACCACUGACUCCUAGAACUCUAUUUUCUAUGAUGGAAUCACUGGAACACAAAACAAUGAGACACUUUGGUGCUGUCGUAUGCUAGUAUUUGGUUAAACAUCCUUUGGCCAUUUUCACCUCAACUAAACUCCCUCAGUAGCUGCUCACAAGCUUCAGGCUGGUGUUGGACUUCUCCUCUUGACAGGUUUGGUGCAGUUCAUCUAAAUUUGGUGGCUUUCUGAUGCAGACUUUUUUCCUUCUUCACAUCCACAGACUCUGGAUCAGGUUUAAGUCGUGACUUUGGGGUGAGCAGUCUGAAACCUUAAUCCUUUACUAGUUUUGAUGUGUUUUUGGGGUCGUCGUCUUUUUGGAAACCCAAAUACGUACAAGAUCCAACCUUUUGACUUAUAACUGUAGGCUUUCCUGAACACUGUGGAGGUAAAACUCAUUCUUUAUUAUUCCAUCUACCUUCUGUAAAGCACCAGUUCCAUGGCCAGUAAAAACGCCCCAGAGCAUAAUCCUACCACCGCCAAGCCUGACGGUAGGUUUGGUGUUCUUGGGGUUAAAGGCCUCACCUUCUCUUAGUUUUAGUUUCAUCCGAUCACAGAACUUUCCUCCAGAAGUUCUGUCCUUUGUCCAUGUGAUCAGCAGCAAACUUCAGUCGAGUUUUAAGGUGAAGAAAGGGUUUCGUUCAGCGUCUCAGCUCAUGGCGAUCUAAAGCAUGCUUGACUGUGGACAAGCCAGGGAGGCUAAGCUAACCAUCUUUAAUCAAUCUUUUUAUCUAACUUGCAUAAAAGCAUCUUUCCCCACAAUGCAACAAUGCCAGACUGUUUUUCAAUUUAUACUUUCAAGAAUAGUCUGACACCUUUUCCAAGCUCACUGGCUCUAAAACUUAACAAGAAACUGACUGAAACGUAUUUCCCAAAAUGUAAAACUAUCCCUGUGACCUGAAUAGACCAACUCAACAUGCCACAGACAUAUCUCGGUCACGUCUAUCAGUAGUCCUUGUAGACACAAACAUGCCAAACAUACCAACACAUGAUCGGUACUCUACAAAAGCACAAAGCUGUAGGAGCAGCUGCAUAGUGAACGUAUUGUAUGACUGCCUCUGAACCGAUGGACCACUUGGUCAACUGUUCAUGUGCUGCAUAUUUCUGUUCCAUCUUUGUUUGGAGUCUCCAGUGAACACUAAAAUGAAAUACCAGAUUUAAAGAGAUUACAUAAAUAUCUACCGUAUGUUCAUUUGAUAAAUUCUUUAAGGUCAAUCUUUGUA